AUGUCCACGUUCAUUGUUUGCUUUUUAGCUUUGAGUACACUUACGCAGCAAGCCAAUUCAUUAACCAUUUUGGAACGACAUCUGGAGAAGCAAAGUAACCCAAAGCUACGACUAGCAGAACUGAAAGCUCCAAACAUCCACGACUGGGUCUUCCAUCAUGACCCGGAACAAAAGCUCAACUACAAAUCGAUUUUUCACGUCGGCACCUUUCGUGGCCUCCCAAUAAAAUCACGCCAAAAUAGCGUUUAUGUGGACGGAAGCGGAGAAGUUCACUCUAUUCUACCCUAUAAUAAAGUCAGCACACGUAUCCAUUCGCGACCUAUGAGAUACUAA